ACGAUCAGACAUCACUAGUUUUUCGUUGACACGUAAUAUUUUACAUAAAAUAGUAGUCUGUUUUUUUGUAUAGAAUAUUUUUUUUUUGGAGGUUUUUCUGUCCGGAUGGAUAACUUUAUGUAUCGCUCGAGCUCUCCGAGCUGCGAUUGCGAUUACAUGGAGUUCACGAAGGAGAAUGUGAUUAAGGCGCUUCACAUGCUGAGCCUGGGAGCCACUAAGGAAGCUGAUGACUACCUGCACUCCUUUCAGCAGUCGAAUUGUGCUUGGUUCAUAGCCGAGGACAUUUUGUCCCACGUACCCCACCACGAAGUGCCCGUGCUGACCUUCGCAGCCAUCACGUUUGCCAAGAAAAUUAAGCAACAUAUUAACACGCUUCUGGGGUCCGAGCUGACCGCCUUGAAAGAAACGCUGACCCGUCAUCUUGUACGAGCCUCCAUGAUCCCGGAAUCCACGCCACUGGUUGUGCAGUUGGGAGUUUGUCUGUCGACCUUGGGUCUGAUGUCCUCCAACUGGGACUACGAACUGGAAGACUUUGUGAAACACCUGUCCGGGAAACCCAAGCACAUAAUGGCACUUUUGGAAGUCCUCAAGGUCCUGCCCGAGGAGACUCGGCCGUCGAAUCUUCCGCUGACUGGAACGGACCUCAAGUGCGUCUUCCAGGAGCUCCGCUUGCAGUCUUCCUACAUACUGAAUGUGCUGGAAACAAUUCUGGAGCGACCGGAUCUGCCAGAGGGAUGCUUGUCAAAGUGCCUGGCUGUGUGUGGGUCCUGGACCAGGUUUGGUUUGGUUCUACCCGAACAGGUGCUGGAUCGAAAGCUUUUUCAACGGAUAAAUAUCAUCCUGGUUACCCCCUUGGAUAGUGCCCACUUGGAGGCGGCUGAGUGCGUGGACGCCAUGCUGGAUCAAUCUCGGACCGCAAAUAAGCUCGAUAACCGCCUAAACCACUUGGUCUUCUCCCUGAUACCGGCAUUCAAGCGCUAUGGGGGCGAUACCAAGCUGUUGCAAAACUAUUGCCAGAUAUUCGUGAAUCUCUUCAAGACCCACUUCCAUGUGACCCAAAACGAUCUUUUGAAAAUCCAAGAGAGAAUGAGAACCAUCCAGCUACUGCUGCUUGUGGCGGAGCACUGCCCGUUGGAACUGAUUGAGACCUCCAUUACCGUGUGGUCUUUGCUGACCCAGGACUUGCACAUGGUUCGCUUAUAUCGAAAUGACUUUACCCGUCUCCUAGAGCUGCUCCUCCCCCGCACUGCAUUGCCAGCCAGUUAUGAGUCCAUCACGCGACCCGAUACCAUGGUAACGGAUAGGUUCCGGGGACUUCUGUCUGAAGUACUGGUGGACUUGGCUCCCUUGGUGGAUGUGGAUGCCAUGGAGAAACUUUACGAUGUUGUUAAAAACGAACAGAGCCCCUGGAACUAUGUUGAGGUAGCCAUCUUCUUUCUACGUCACCUGAUGGUCCAGUUUAGGGAGCGUCAACCCGAGCUGAUUUUGAAAAUCUUGGACAGCGUUAAGCAUCGCCCGCAGGCUUUCAUACGUCUGCAAGUCCUUGAGCUGAUUUCGGUUCCGGACACCGUGGAUUUCGUUACCAUCUGGAGAAGCCUGCUGAACGAAUUGCGGAGGGAUGUCCCUAUGGUGGCUGCGAUUGAAAGCCGCCUAAGUCUGCUGAUGCCUCAUUGGAACUAUUUCCUGAUCCUGGCCACCAUGGUGGAUGAGUUCCGUUUGAAGGAGAGCGACCGCUGCCACCUGUUGGCCAGCAUGUGUGCUCUGCUCAGGGAACUGCCCCCACCGGAUGUUAUGAAAGUCAAAAUGUAUAUGGUGAAUGUGGAGUGGACAAGCUGCCCAGCCCACAUCUGGGAAAAUCGUGUCAAGGUGUUCAAGGACAUUUGAAGAAAUUAUUAACUUUUAUUUUUUAAAUUGAAUUAAGUUUAUAGUUAACAUUGCUCUUGCCUAGCCCAAUCCCAAUUUCUUAGUAGCACAGCAAUUUGCGUCAUGACUCAACUUCUAGGAUACCAAGCCAUAAAGCGGCAAUCCGCGCAGAUAGACAAGCUAAUUUCGGUAACUAAUUUGGCAACAGUUAAAGGCCAACACACGCCUAAAUCGUAAAAUAAAAUCAGAUCAGAUCCAAAGGAGUCGUGGUCUCGGCUCA